CCUGUGACCCGCUGAGCGCUGCCCAGUCAGUCAGUCAGUCCCAGUGUCGCUGUGAUCGCGGUCUCCGCAAACAUGUCCAUUUCCUGCUGUGUGGCACAGCUGGCCUGUUGCUGUGGAUCUGCUUCUUGUUCGCUAUGCUGUAGCUGCUGCCCAAUGAUCAAAACCUCUACAGGGACCAGGGUGAUGUACGCCCUCUACCACAUCCUAGGGACCAUUGUCUGCUGCCUCAUGCUAUCACCUACUGUGGCCGAAGGGUUGAAAGAACACAUCCCCUUCUACAGCGAUUUCUGUAAAACGAUCCAGGCUGGAGUUGACUGUGAAAGGCUGGUUGGAUAUGCCGCUGUUUACAAAGUCUGCUUUGGAAUGGCCUGUUUCUUCUUCAUCUUCUUUCUCCUGAUGCUCAAUGUGAAAACCAGCAAAAACUGCCGUGCUUACAUCCACAAUGGGUUCUGGUUUGUGAAGUUUGUAGUAUUGACAGCCAUGUGUGCAGGAGCUUUCUUCAUACCUGACCAGGACACCUUUCACAGGGCAUGGCUGUACAUUGGUGCUGGUGGAGCGUUCCUCUUCAUAAUCAUUCAGCUCAUUUUGCUGGUGGAAUUUGCACACAAAUGGAACAAAAAUUGGUGGGCUGGAACGGGACAGAAUAAAUGCUGGUUUGCUGCCUUGGCCCUGGUUACUCUCAGCCUGUAUUCGGUGGCUGUUUUUGCUCUUAUUCUAAUGGGGAUAUUUUACACCGAUCCUGAUGGAUGCAUGUUAAACAAGAUUGUCUUGGGUGUCAAUGGUGGGCUUUGUCUGAUCGUCUCCAUCUUGGCUAUUACACCCUGCGUUCAGAAACGUAAACCUAACUCCGGUCUCCUUCAGUCAGGAGUGAUCAGCUGUUACGUGAUGUAUCUUACCUACUCUGCACUGGCUAGUAAACCUGCAGAAUACAUUAUGAGAGAUGGAGUCAAUACCACAAUAUGCGUUCCUCAGAUCUUGGGUAAGGGUAUUCAAACGGAUGACAAGCUUGUUUCUGUGCUGGGAGCCAUUAUCAUGUACGGCUGUGUUCUGUACGCCUGUUUAAGCUCCACAACUCGCUCCAGCUCAGCAGCUCUGGGAGUAAGCAGAACCCCAAUCGUAAAACCAACGGAAGCUCGAUGCUGCUUCUGUUUCACUCCAGAUGAGGAAGGUAACUAUGAAGUGGACGGAGAUGAAAAGGGAACUCAGAAAGUGAUUCACAAUGAAAAGCAAGGCGUGGUGUACAGCUACGCUUUCUUCCACUUUGUCUUCUUCCUUGGCUCGUUGUAUGUGAUGAUGACCUUAACUAACUGGUUCAACUAUGACACCGCUGCAUUGGAAAAGCUUUUUGUUCGUGGGAACUGGUCCACCUUCUGGAUUAAGAUGGCCUCCUGCUGGAUAUGUAUUGUGUUGUUCGCCUGGACUCUUAUUGCCCCCAUGUGCUGCCCACAGCGCGAGUUUACGGCAUAAAAUUUCAACAUUCCUAAACUCUAGUUCCCCAUUACCCCUUCCUUGUGUUCAUUUUUCAUGAUGAGUACCUGCUCUGUUGCCCGAUGCCAUCGUUCAAACUGUCCAUCAAACUAUUUAGCUAUGGACCUUUUUUAAAUUAGUCACUGGUUCCCGUCGGCAGCAGUUUUAUACAUUUAAUUGCAUUUUGACAGGUUUUGAAAGUUGAUUAAGGUGAAAAUGUGCCUAGACAGUAACUGCAUGUUUGUUUGGGAGUCAGCCUGCCAUUGACUGGUAGCUCAGGAUGUCCCACAGACUUGUAGACUUCAAUGGUGUUCUGAAGGUCUAGUGUAUUAAGUAUAGGGAAGGGUGCAAAAACAUUGUCUGAAAGGUGGUAUCUGGAAGUUCACCUGGAUGAUGUUUGCGUAUCAGCUUGAAUCAAGGCCAUAAUAGUAAAGAUAAGGAAUGUGGCCUUUUUGUAAGGUUUGAUACAUAUUAAAUAUUGAAAUUCUCUUAUAUAGUGUACCAGAAUACAAUGUAUAUGAGCAGAAACAGUGUGAUCAUUGAUAUUUGUCAAGUAAACAAAUGGGUGUCAAAUAACUGGCUGGUGUUAGUUAUCUGAGAUUGAUCUCUUUGGAAAGUAAACUCCAUCCAAUUUAAGUACAUGCCACAAAGAUACAACCAAGUUGCUACUGGAUUCCCAAUUUUCAUCUGACCUAGUCCACAAAGAUAUAACUGGCUCUUUUGUAGGCAAGUUGGAUUCUAUAUAAUUUCCACUGUGAACCUGAUAUAAUGCCUAUUAGUGGGAUUCCCCAGUUUCUGGCCCUGUUAGACUGAAAAGGAAAACCGAGGGCUUGGGAUAUUGAAAUACAAUAAAACAGCAUUUUUAAAAAAAAUCCAGCAAAUAAAUGGGAUUCCUAUGUAUAUCUGACAGAUAAUGUAGUACAAAGUGGACUUUAGGCACCAUGGCCAAGCUUCAAACUUUAUGCAGUGUGUAUAAAUUAGGAGAAAGACGACUGGACAUAAUUAUUACAAACGAUCGACUUGAAGUUAAAUAGAAAUGACUAUUUGGAAUGCAUCCCUUUGUGCCUCGUCUUCCACGCUGGUUAAACAUCGGAAAAUCCCAGUGGGGGUUGGAAGCAUGUAAACCUUGGCAUCAAUUUCAGUACAUUUUAGUUUAAAAGCUUUCAAAACUGUCAGAUUUUUUUAAAAAAGCGCCAUGACAGUAGCAUCAAAACCAGACCAAGUCAGUAACUUUGGGUUGAAUAUGUUCUGAUUCUCUAUGCAACACAAACGGCAAGACAAACUAAUAGGGUCCUUUGACUAAGUGCGAUCCCUCAGGAAUAUGAUGGUAAUGUCUGAAGAAACUGAAAAUAAUUGACUGGAAUGUUUCAAUGCGGGUAUUGGUGUGUAUUUAUUUAAAGUGAAUUGGAAUUUGUAUUGGUAUUUGAUAUGAAGUAUUCUGGUACAUUUUUGGCAUCUGUAAAACAAUAUUCGUUAAAAAAAGCUGAGCUAAACAUGGUUCACAGAGCCCAACACACGGCUUUAAAUAAAAUCGGAGGAGCUACUGGAACAAGUGAAUUUAAGACAGCCGUUUGCCAAAUACAACUGAGAGAUUUGUGAGAUUCUUUCUGUUUUAACCAAAGCUCCAUUGGCACCGGAUCCUGCUUGCGUGUUCUUAAACUUAGAUGCAUUUGUUGCUUUGUAGCAUUAAUAGGUCAAAUACUGGAGAGUUUCUGGUGCCUGUCUUAAAUCUCUAGGUAACAAUACUGAUCCAAAUCAGUGUUGACAGCCUGUGUACUUUGAGCCUCCAGACUGUUGCAUUGUACGCAGAUUCCCUUUUAAUGAGCGUAGCUUUUUUAAGAUGACACUAAUGGGGGUGGGGAGAAGCUUCACUCGCUAGCACCUAUCUGUAUUCACAGGCUUUUCUCAAUGAACCAGAAUGAGUAUUUGAUGUGAAGGAAUAUAAAGGCAGUCAGAUUUUCAGUACAUUUUAGUUUGAAAGCUUUCAAAAUGAUCAGAUUGCAAAAAAAAGUGGAAACAUUCAGAGCAGAUUGUCGCACUUUUACCCGGGCUUUGAGUAAAGGAGGAAUCUGAGGAGAGUAGAUUUUCCUGUUGUAAAGUAGUGUGUCAGUCAGUCAGUCAGUCCAUGUACACAAUUUCUCAGAAACCUCCUUGUGAAAAAAAUCGCAGUUCAUCCAGUGGGAAUGAUGUGCUAACUCUUAUGAGAACAAUUCACAGCUGAAUGCAAAGGUAAAAUUAUGGAUUUUCUCCUGAAUAUCGUGGUGCAUGAACAUUUCUCUCUAAAUGACGAAAGGUCUUAAACCAGCAACAACACAAAGCUUUGUCUCUUCAUUUCUCUGCGGCCUUCAUUACUCUUAUUCCUGUUUUUCAAUGGUGACGAGUUUUUUUUUGAGUGGCUUUUUGCUUGACUACUGCAAGGGAAAUUUAAGUGAGAGAUAAGCAGUGAAUAAUUUGGAGUGAUAAACAAGUUUACCCCCAAAUAAAAGAAUCCUCGAGGAUGGUCACUAAAGUCUAUUGCUUCAUCUCAAAAUGGAUAUAGCGUUUAAAAAGGAAUAUCAUUUUUUGGUCUAUUCAAGAUGUUUUUUUAAAGACGCUGAAACUAUUGAUCCAGUAGAAACUGCAGUGUUAACACAAUAUCCCAUUCAAUAGUGUACAGUAAUAUCACAAUGUCCAAAUUAACUGAUAAUUUUCUUCAAUUUUGGAGAAACCCUUACCAAUGGGAGGUUUAAUUCAUUAUUUAAACACCAUGAAAUGUGCCUAACCUGCACUUUUUGUGAAAGGUUUUGUGUCCUACAAAUCUAGGGGUUACUUACACAGGAACAUGCUGUUUAAAGAAUUUCUUCCUGCAGAUGAGAUGCUGGAGUAGAGCUGUUCUGAUAGUUCAGGCAAAUGUGAAAGGUUCUAUUGGACCAAUACUCCGCUCUUAUCUAAAUUCAUUGGUUAUUUGUCUCAUUGCUGUCAGUGGGACAUUGCUGCCACAUAUGCCAUGCAGGUUAGCCAGCACUUCUUUUUUUAAGCAAGAAGUAACUCGCUGUUUCAUCUUGAGAUAUUUCAGUGUGAUGAGGUGCUGUAUGAAAUGCAAGUAUUAUUAAAAUGGGCCCUGAAUAAAAUGGGGUGUGUUUGUAUAUUCCAGGUACGAGGAGAUUGUUUGGAAAGACUGUCACUCAAUGCUGUUGUUUAUGAGGUGAAAAUACUGGGGGGAAAAGUAAACCCGCCUAUGUAAGAUUACCUAGGUGUGGUCAUUUUACUUCAACUUGAUGAAUAAAUGCACACUUUAGAUCUCACCCCCCUUUGCCUUCUCCCAUUGGAUGCCCAUGUUGUAGCUGAGAUGUAUGGUGCACAUGCAGUCGGGAUAUCACCCCAGCUCUGUGUUCAUUCCCAUACUGGUGCUAAUGAGGAGACCAGCCUGUCUAAUGCAGGGUCACAAGUCAUUUCACAAACUACUCUUUGUUUUGCUGCCCUCCUGGUGGCUAUCUCCUCACCUCAGACUUCACAUGGGAAUUCACCUCAUUUUGAUAACUUUUACAUGCAGGGCUCGUGACAUUCUGUUUUUAAGAUGACACUAGUUUUACACAUGGACUGUGGUCUGAUGCUGUAGCGCCUAUAAUUUUUGCCCAACUAAGGGAAAAAUCUGGGUCUUUUGUGUCCAAGUUUAUUUAAUAAAGGGCAAUUGUAUGCAGUAUUUUUAUAACACUCUCGCACCAGUUCUUUUGUACCUUGCUCUUCUCCUUCUGCAAGAAUAUAUUGUACUACUACAGGAAUCCUAUAUUAAAAAAGUUUUACGGCACCUUUUUUAAAAAAAAAGUAGUUUAAUUUAUGUGUUUUGAGUGUUUUAUCGUUAGGAAUUCAAGUCUUCCUUAAAAUUGCCUGAACUAAUUUAUGGUGGAAACUUUAUUCCAUUUCUGGAUUGCAGGUGAUUUUUUUAUAUAAUGUACUACAACCUAUUCUGUCAUCUGAUUUUCUCUCUCCCCUCGUACCUUAAGUUGAAGUAAACUCCACAAAAUGUUAACUGGAUAAAUGUUAUAAUUGUUUCAAAACACCAGUCUUUUCAUAUACUGUAUCUCCUAUAUUGGCUAUUGCUAAUCAGACACAGUAAAAUUCCACUUGAACUAUUCUGAUGUAAAAUUGUUUUUUAUAUAUAUUAUAUAUAUAACUACAUCUUCCAGUAUAAUGUUGCUUUACUGGCUCAUUCUAACUGAUGGACCUGCAUUGUUUGUAUUAAAAAAAAGUUCAAUAAAUUGACAUUCAUUUUUUGAACCUCA